CUGAACAGGCUGCGCUGCCAGGCGCAAACGAACUGCGCGGACGGCCUCUUAUUGCCUACUGUCAUGAUCUAUGCUACCAACCCUGUAGCGUACGCUGUUUUGACCCGGUCUGAGAAAGGGCAGUGCCAUGAAGAAGUCCUUCAUCGACCGCAUAUUUCCCCCGUCACCAGGCAAUACUCGCUACCAGUACGACUACGACGACCCUGUACGCCCCAGUUCACCCCGAUCUCCCCCCAACAUACUCCUGCAGGAAUCCGUCGCGUCGUCCUCGCGCAGUCGCAAUGGUUCCCCUUCGUCGAACCGUCAUGUCACUCAGUCGCUGAGUUCCCCGCUCAUACGGCACAACGACCCUUUCCUCCCUGUCGAGAGAGCAUCCAAGAACCUCGAGCGUACGCUUCAAAGCCUUCUAGACGCACAGUCAGAAGGACUAAGCGCCGGUGUCGGCACAGACCCUACGGGCGACACAUCGUCAAUCGAUAGUCCUACGCCGACCCCAUCUAUUACUACGUCUCCUAGAUCGGUAUCAGGGCUGAGAACGAUACCGAUACGGCAGCCGAAGAAGAAGGAAGUGACACUCCGAGACGCUCGCCGUGGCCUGUCCCGCUCCAUGGCCGAGUUCGCCGCUUUGAAAGACUAUGAGCUCACGCUAAUUGACCGCGAAGUCGUGGCAAGGAACAAUGCGUUGAAACAAGCUUCAGACCUGGGAACCCGAGAACAAAUGCUCAAUGAUGAGGUACAGAAGAUCCAAAAACAGGGUACGGCUGAAGGUUUGUGCAACGAAGUUCAACGCGUCGAGAAAGAAAUCAAGGACCUGGAGACCGUGCUGUUCGAGCUGAAGAACCGGCAUAGACAAUUGCUCAACCAGGUCCGGGAACUCGAAAGCUCAAAGGACUCGAAGUUGAGCUCCUAUAGCGAAGCCUUGACCCUCAACGAAAAUAAGAUCAAGCAUUUUCUGCGACAACUACCUGUUUCGCAGAGUCUACGUGUGGGGGCUGACCGUGGCAUGUACGAUCUGAAGCCAGAGCGACGCACACUGCAGAUGGCGCAGGAGCAGUGGACCGGAGAGUUAGAGAUGUUGCACUCAAGGAAGGCGGAGGCUGAGAAUGAAAGGACUGCGCUGGAAGAAGGCGGCAAGCUCUGGCGGGAAGUCACGCACCGAAUUCGGGAGUUUGAAAAAAAUGUGAAAGUGCAGACGACACGAUCGACGCAGUCCCAAGCAUGGCUCGAUGCAGAGGAGGGCGUGACUGUGACGCCGCGAGGUGAAGAAGCGCAGAUAGGGAUGGUCGAGUCUAGCUUGAACGCCUUGAUUGACUUUCUGGGAGAAGCCCUCGCGCAGGCAGAGGAGAGAGGAUGGAGGCUUCUGACUUGUGCGAUCGGGGCGGAAUUGCUGGCGUUCCAGGAGGCCAGCGAUGCCUUGCAAACUGGUACAGAGCUGGCAAAUGGAGACUCGAACAGCGGAAGUAAGAAUCUAACGCACGAUGGAGAGGAGCACGAUGAGCCACAUAAGGACUUGUUAAGUGGCGGCUUGGAGGAGACUGAUGCUGUUGGCCCUGGAAUUGGGACUGAGACCAGAAGUCCUGGCGAGGAGAGUAAUCGUAGCUUAGAGGACACGGUGCGAGAGUUUGGGAAUGCCAUGGACAAGGGAAAGCCACAGCUGAAGGACGACAGCGGCCUGAGUGGCGCUCGUGGAACUGGAGGGUCCGUUACUGGGAUAGCGGAUAUGAAGAUGAGCACUGGCACGGACUCUGGACAGCAGGCUGUGUCGAAGAAGGUGCCACUAUCUGGUCAUACUUCUGAGAGCGAGGACGAUGAUCCUGGGCCGGAGUUUCUGCUGUCGCAGACUUGAGACUGCGACGGGGGCUGGGCAGAGCUCUGCAUGAAAUGUAUCAUUACUGGAUUUGAGCGUUCGGUAGCGACUCCUCAAACUCUCGACGGCGUUUGGGUGAAAGGUGUUCCACAGUUUGGAG